CCACGGAACUGCAAGUCUGGAAAUAGCAGAUGCUUCCCAAAAUGGCACGAGUGCUGAAGGCGGCGGCCGCGAGCGCCGCAGGGCUUUUCCCCAGACUUCGGACUCCAGUUUCAACAGUAAGAACUUCCGCAUCGCUGUCCUCGCAUCCAGGGGCUGUCCCUGUAUGGAACCUGGGUCGACUCAACCAUGUUGCAAUCGCAGUGCCAGACUUGGAAAAGGCCAGAGCAUUUUAUAAAAAUGUUCUGGGGGCCGAGGUGGGUGAGCCAGUCCCUCUUCCAGAGCAUGGAGUGUCCGUCGUUUUUGUCAACCUGGGAAACACCAAGAUGGAGCUGUUGCACCCACUGGGAAGUGACAGUCCAAUUGCAGGAUUCCUAAAGAAAAACAAGGCUGGAGGGAUGCACCAUGUCUGCAUUGAGGUGGAUAAUAUAAAUGUGGCUGUGAUGGAUUUGAAAGAAAAGAAGAUUCGUAUUUUAAGUGAAGAGGCCAAAAUAGGAGCACAUGGAAAACCAGUGAUCUUUCUCCAUCCUAGUGACUGUGGUGGAGUCCUUGUGGAAUUGGAGCAAGCCUGAUGAAUAAUUCACAAGAAACUGAUCAUCCUGAAAAAGCCUUAUCACAGGGUUCUUCAACAUCGAGUGCUUCACUGCUUCUGUCACUUAGAAGUCAGAACUAAAUUACAGAAAGAGAUUUUUAAAAUUAUAUGUGUGUAUAUACAUGUAUACACACACAAAAUAUUUGCUGAUUAUGUUGGAUUCUUUUUUCUUGAUUUGCAGAAAACUUUGACUACU